AUGGCCGAGUGGCCGGACGAUGUCUUCCUACCUCUUCAGAAGCUUCAGAAGCUUCACCUGCACAACAAUGACCGACGGUUUAAUGGUACAUAUCCAGAAACCGCUCUCGGUAAACUAAGGAGUGUUGUGGAAUUGAAAAUUGAUUCAUCUAGAAUCACCAUCUUUGGAUCUGGAUUUGCAAACAUGAGUAGUCUCAAAAGACUUCUUUUGGGGUUUAAUGGUUGCAAGAUUGAAGAAAUGUCAAACAUCACGUUACGAUCUUUUCAACACAGCCAUGUUGAAGACCUAGAUCUUAGUAGUUGCCCAUUGGAGGCUGUAGAUAAAAUAUCAUUUGUUUAUUUGAAAAGGCUCAAGAAUUUGAACCUUUCUAAGAGUACAUUCGUUGCCCCAGUGGAUGCUGUUAGGUCUAUGUAUGGUUUAAAUGGGCUAAACAUGACAAGUGUUUCAUUUGAUACAAUGUACAGUUUCCUACCAACCUUCAGUCUCACACUUCCCCCUAAACUGGAAUACCUUUGUAUGCAUGGGACGCUGUACGCGGUAGGUUACAUAAACGGCAAUAUUGAAUUUAAAAAUGCAGCAUCGCUCAAGAGUCUCAACUUUGAAUUUAACGGAUUGUAUGCCUUACAAUACAAUAUUUAUGGGUUAGAGAACCUCACUGAGAUUGAUGUCUCUGGAAACUACUUCACCAACGUGAAUCCUGGAAUAUUGAAAUAUUUUACAAGUUUGACAACUCUUAAGAUGUCUCAAAUGGGCUUUAGAAACGACUUUCUACUUAAAGAGGGACGUGAGAUGUUUUUGCCAUUAGGUGCACUGAAAACUAUUGUUCUUAGUCGCAAUGAUUUAGCAGUCAUGGAUUCACAGAUAUUUGCUUGGAAUCAACUGACAGUCAUUGAUUUGUCCCUUAACCGCUUUGAGAGUAUCCCUUUUGACAUCACAACAACCCCGUCUCUCCAACGUCUUGACCUCAGUUACAACUCGCUGCCUGUACUAUCAGCGUCACAGAGGAGUCUACUCGAUGCCUUGGCAACAACAAAUAACCUUACUUUGAACCUUAACAACAACCUUCUGUCCUGCGGAUGUAAGAACUUAGACUUUGUGAAGUGGCUGUUCCAAACAGAUGUGAAUGUUGAAAGCAUAGAUACAUAUACCUGUGUAUCUGAUGAUGGCGUUAUUACAUCUCCAUCUUCUAUUUAUCAUCAUUAUGAUGAAACCUGGAGAAGGUGUUUGGGACCAAUUUGGUUGUCUAUAUCUAUUUCUGCUUUUGCACUGAUUAUUUUAUUUAUGAUUUUAAUAUACCUGAUAUACCAGAAAAAGACUUUAGUUCUAAACAUCAUUCACCGGUUGUUUGGGUUGGUAAAUGUCUCCAAAUCACCGAAACGUACUGACUUUCCAAACGACGCCUACAUCGGCUACAGUGACGUCGAUUACCAGUACGUCUGUCACACUGUGAGAGAACACCUGGAAGAUAGACAUGGAGUCAAACUCUUCCUGAAGGACAGAGAUACCAUCCCUGGAGGACAAAUAGCCGACGACAUCAUCAGCGGAAUAGAUUCCAGUUGGAAGACGGUCCUCGUUCUCACCCAGUCUUUUAUUGAGGACCAGUGGUGCCGCUUCAUUGUUAAUCGUAUUGUGUAUUCCUCCACCAGAAUGCCAGCUGGUUGUAUCCUGCUUGUGUUGUUUGAGGACGUGAGACGAGGGGACAUCUCCCCGGCCCUGCUCAAUGUUGUGGAAGAAAGACACAUUUUCAGUGUGGGGAAAUAUAUGGGCGACCAGGGCAGACUUUGGAGAGACAAAAAGACUUUAGUUCUAAAUAUCAUUCACCGGUUGUUUGGGUUGGUAAAUGUCUCCAAAUCACCGAAACGUACUGACUUUCCUAACGACGCCUACAUCGGCUACAGCGACGUCGAUUACCAGUACAUCUGUCACACUGUGAGAGAACACCUGGAAGAUAGACAUGGAGUCAAACUCUUCCUGAAGGACAGAGAUACCAUCCCUGGUGGACAAAUAGCCGACGACAUCAUCAGCGGAAUAGACUCCAGUUGGAAGACGGUCCUCGUUCUCACCCAGUCUUUUAUUGAGGACCAGUGGUGCCGCUUCAUCGUUAAUCGUAUUGUGUAUUCCUCCACCAGAAUGCCAGCAGGUAGUAUCCUGCUUGUGUUGUUUGAGGACGUGAGACGAGGGGACAUCUCCCCGGCCCUGCUCAAUGUUGUGGAAGAGAGACACAUCUUCAGUGUGGGGAAAUGUAUGGGCGACCAGGGCAGACUUUGGAGAGACGUUAGUCAGCUUAUCAAAAAUGAAACGGAAUUUUAG